CUGAGGAAGUGGGCCGCCCCUGGGUUCAGCUGGUGUGGGCUAGCAGCAGACUGACUGUGCCUCUGAAUCCUCUUUCCAGGUUAGAAACUAGAACUACUCUGCUAAAAAGAAGAUCCACUUUUUGUUUGAUUUGUAGCCCCUUAAAGGCUCUUCAGACUAACCUGCCAGUAAAAAUGGCAAUACCCAUAAACCCCAUGGACGAGCCCAGACUGUACCAGCAGACGCUGCUUCAGGAUGGCCUGUACGACUUGCUGGAGAAUGACAAGCUGGUUGACUGUGUUCUGAAGAUCAAAGACAAGGAGUUCCCCUGCCACCGGCUGGUCCUGUGCGCCUGCAGCUCGUACUUCCGCUCCAUCUUUCUGUCUGACCUAGAGGAGAGCAAAAAGCGAGAGAUUGUCCUGGAGGAUGUAGAGCCUGGUGUCAUGGGGCUGAUCCUCAAGUACCUGUACACCUCUAAAAUCAAUGUGACAGAGCAGAACGUCCAGGACAUCUUCGCUGUGGCUAACAUGUUCCAGAUCCCCUCAAUUUUCACUGUUUGUGUCUCUUUCCUACAAAAGCGUCUGAGCCUCAGCAACUGUCUGGCUAUCUUCAGGCUCGGCCUGAUGCUAGACUGUCCAAGGUUGGCUGUCUCUGCCCGAAACUACGCCUGCGAACGCUUCCAGCUCAUCUCCAGAGACGAGGACUUCCUCCAGCUGCUCCCCAGUGAGCUGGCAGCCAUUUUAACAAAUGACAACCUGAACGUAGAGAAAGAAGAGAACGUGUUUGAGACUUUGAUGAACUGGGUGUCCCAGGACAUAGAGAACAGAGAGAAAGAGCUGCCAGGUUUGCUGGAUUGUGUCCGUUUGCGUCUGGUCAGCGAGGAUUACCUGAAAGAAAAAGUGGGGAAACACAAACUGAUCUCUUCAAAUCCUGAGUUGCAGCAGAAACUCCAGCUGGUCAGGGAUGCUCAGGCCGGGAAAAUGCCAGAGGUAAAAAAAAGUAAGAAGGAGAACGGUGGAGCAGAAAAAGCUGGGGAUAAGGAGGAUAAAGAGGAGGAGGAAGAAGGUCUUCUCCCGGGCAUCCUGAAUGAUAACCUGAGAUUUGGCAUGUUUGUGAGGGACUUGAUACUGAUGGUGAAUGACACAGGUGCUGUGGCCUACGAUCCCUCAGGGAACGACUGCUUCGUGGCAUCGCUCUCCACACAGAUUCCCAAGAACCACACCAGCCUGGUCACCAAGGAGAACCAGGUCUUUGUGGCAGGAGGAUUAUUCUUUGAUGAGCAGAACAAGGAAGAUCCACUGUGCUCCUACUUCCUGCAGUAUGACCCAGUGAGUGCCGAUUGGCUGGGGAUGCCUCCUCUCCCAUCUCCCCGCUUCCUGUUCGGGCUGGGCGAGGCAGAGAACUCCAUCUUUGUGUUGGGAGGGAAGGAGCUGAAGGAGCAGGAGCAGAUGCUGGACUCAGUCCUGGUCUAUGACAGACAAUCUUUUAAAUGGGGUGAAUCAGAGCCACUUCCUUAUCCAGUGUAUGGGCAUGCAACGGUAUCUCACAAUGAUGUCAUCUAUGUGAUUGGAGGAAAGGGGGACAACAAGGGCUGUCUAAAGAAGAUGUGCGCAUAUGACGCCAAGAGAUUUGAAUGGAAGGAGCUUCCACCCAUGAAGGUUGCACGCUCCUUAUUUGGAGCCACUGUCCAUAAGGACAAAAUAUAUGUGGCAGCAGGAGUCACCGACAAUGGCCUGACAGACUCUGUGGAGGUGUACGACAUCACUACCAACAAGUGGUCAGACUUCGUGGCGUUUCCUCAGGAACGUAGCUCUCUGAACCUGGUGUCUUUGGCUGGCUCGCUGUACGCCAUAGGAGGUUUUGCCAUGAUGCCUCUGGAGGACAGCGACGAGAUCGUUCCCAAAGAGAUGAAUGAUAUCUGGAGGUUCAAUGAGUCAGAGAAGAAGUGGAGCGGGAUUCUGAGAGAGAUCCAGUACGCUUCAGGGGCCACUAUUCUGGGGGUCCGCCUCAACACCCUGCGUCUCACCAAGAUGUAAAACCACCUCCGGUUCCUAUAUGUCAACAGAAAACAAAACUUGAGUCCACAGUAGUUUCACAGCAGUCUGAGGACAGGUACGGCAAUACUCAAGCUCACAAUGACAUCUAACAUGAGCAUAUUUGUCCAGAAUCAGUUUGUGUGUUUGGAGUUUUGUUUGUUUUGUUUUAAGUAAUGCUGCAGCAGUUUUACUUGUACAGCUACUUGUGACUCUGACCUAAUGUCAUGGACAGUUUUCUUUUUUAUUUGAUGACAUUUUUUUAUAAGUGUUUCAGCAUUUGAUUCAGUUUGUAAAAUAAUAACAAUAUGUAGUCUGCUGACAUUUUUUUUUUUGCACCGAAUGGAAUAAAAUUGAAGUAUUUAU